CCCUCUCGAACCAUUUCUCUGGCAGCGCUCCGCAGCUCUGCUCCGCUCCGCUCUCUGUGUGCCGCAGACAAGGAUUAACCCGCAGCACCGCCAUGCUCGCAGCGUGGGCCGUCCUGCUGGUCGCGGCCGCGGGCCUCGCGUCCGCUGACCGUCUGGAGAACACAUACCUGCCGCCCGCCAGCGCCGCCUCCGCCGGUGGUGCCGGCCUGGCGCCGCCCUACAGGCCGUCCGGGCCCCCGCAGAACACGUACCUGCCCCCGAGGAACAACCCGCCUCCGCCGCCCCAGAACUCGUACCUGCCACCGAGGAGGAACAACCCCCCGCCGCCUCCUCCCCCGCCCCCGCGCCGCCCCGUGAGCUCGUAUCUGCCUCCUAACCGGGCGCCCACCCAGUCCUACGGCCCUCCGGCGGCGCCCCCGCCACCCCCACCACCUCCCCCGCCCCCGAGGCGUCCCACCAACUCCUACCUGCCCCCCACUUCAGGCGGCGGUAGCGGCGGCUACUCCAACGGUGGCUACCCCAGCGGCGGUGGCGGCGGCUCCUACAGCAGCGGCGGCGGCGGCUUCGGUGGCGGCGGCAGCUCUGGCGGUCGGCCGGCUGCUAUCCUCAAGCUUGUCAACGAGAACAAUGGAGACGGCACCUACACCUUCAGCUACGAGACGGACAACGGCAUCCAGGCGGAGGAGCGCGGCAGCCUCAAGCCCGACGGCGGCGAGGGUAUCCAGAGCGCGGAGGGCUCCUUCUCGUUCACGGCGCCCGACGACGGCCAGCGCUACUCGGUGCAGUACACGGCCGACGAGCGGGGCUUCCUCGCGUACGGCGCCCACCUGCCCACGCCGCCGCCCAUCCCUGAGGCCAUCCAGCGGGCGCUGGAGCAGAACGCCGCCGACGAGGCCAACGGCGUCGUGGACGACGGCAGCUACAACGGCAUCGGGGCCAACGGCGGCGGCGGUGGCUACCCCUCCGGACCGGCCGGCGGCAACGGCGGCUACCCCUCCGGGCGCCCCGGCGGCAACGGCGGCUACCAGUACUGAGCGGCCCUCUGCGCCGCGCCGCCCCCGGCCCGCCGCGGUGGGAACUGGAGCGACUGCGAAGGCCAAGGCUCCAGGUUCAAGUCCGGGAGGCGCCGGCGUGAUAGGCACCACUUCUCGUCCGUCUAGUUUUAUGUUCUGCCCCGGCGAUGACGAUGAACCGAAGUGGAUGGCUAUCGGCCGGCCGAGUAUGAGAAAUAUGGCCAUCCUGCGCCGCGGCGGCGUCUCCCUUCCGCCCUCCUUUCAGCCUCCCUCCUCGGCGCGGCGGCAACAUCGCGUCCGCGGCAGCUUUAUUUUGUUCUUAAAUUGCAAUCAAAAUGAUGAUUCGAUCGAACGAAUGUGAAUCGCGCGUCAGACGCGCGAUCGCGGAUCUCAACGAAGAGUUACCAUGUGUAGAGUCUGUCCUUAGCCUAAGUCAUUUACGUGUUUUACAUUGUCAGAGUUUUAUACACCGCGCUUGUUUCCCUUUCAUCGGGUAAAUCUUAUUGUACAUUUCAUCGCCUGUAAAUACUCGAUCGCGGGUUUCGGUGCGGGUCUGAUAGUGUUAUAUUUUAUUCGUUUGUUACCUGACAAGAGAGUUACCAGCCUUCGAAUAAGAGCUCAAUAAAGACAUAAUUUUUGUAAGAA